GUUUAUUAUUUAGGUGGGAAACCCUAAUUGAUUCUCUCUCACACCAUACGCGUCAAAGGAGGCGGCUUCUCUCGUGUCUAUCCUCUGCUUUCGCUUUCUUCGUCGUCGGUAAGGCCAUUCGAUACCUCUGAACCCUACCCAGACGCUGCCACCUUUAGGGUUUCCAUCAUCCUCUCUUUCUUCCUCUUUUCUUUGCCUGUUUGCUUUCUUCUUUGUUUCCCUCUUUUGUUUUCCUUUUCCAUCGGUUCGCUCUUCAUUGUAUCCAGGAAAAACAAAAUAUUAUUACUGUUUGUUCGAUUGAUUAGGGUUGUGUGAAUCAUUGAAAAAAGAACUUGAAUCCCUGUUCUGUAUCUUUUUUUUUGGGAGGAUUAGGGUUUGGAAAUUUGGGGAUUUUGAGGGUUUCGGUUUGACAUACAUUUUUCUUCGGUUCUUAAUUGCUUAUUGAGAGGACUUGUGCUUGUCAAUCACAUGGCGGCAGGGCGAAAAAGUGUUUCUCUGAAGAGAGACUCGUUCUAUUAUAGUUCCACCAAGGUGCUUGAUCACUUUAAGAAUGGCUCUUUGGCCGUGGAAGGUUGUGGAUAUCGCAGCCAUCACUUCGUUCGUUCCGGAGAGAGUGGGUUUCAUGGUGGAAAAGAGGAGACAGAGCCCGGUGAGAUCUGUGUUGAAGAGCAUGGGGAAUAUGAGCACUCAUAUGGUUUGCCACCGCCAGAGAAGAAAAGGAAGUUUUCUCCAAUUGUGUGGGACCUAGCAGAGGGGGAGGGAAGGACUGCUUCAAAGAGUAGGAUCUCGCAAAUUGCUGAUCUGUCUCUCUCUCGUGCUUCUCUUCCGACCAGUCCUGGAGCUAAUCGUGUUUAUGGUGGGGAUGUUAUGGAGGAGUCUUCACCAGAUUCUUCUGAUGUGUUGCCCCGAAGCUUUAAACCCGAUGUGGAGGAAGAGAAUGAUGUGCAAGGAUGGACCAUCAAAAAGUCAAGAUGGGCUUGUGAUGCUCCCUCACCGAUGGGUGCUGAUGAUCAACGCAAGCAUGGCAAAUUGAGCUCCAGUCCUGAACUUGUUGAAUCCCAUGAUGGCAGUGGAUGUUCGGAGAGCACAGUCACUAGAUCAUCAGGAAGCAGUGGAAGAGAUUUUUAUCUGGGUCCUUCUACUGAUGACACCGAUUCCGAAAAGGAUUUAGUUGUCUCCAUGGUUGAUGUUGAGGAACAAAGUAAUUUUAGUGAUUCUUCGUCAGAUUCGGAUGAGAGUGGUAGUUUGAUGCACGCGCAGAGAAAUAUAAACAUGCUUCAGAGUUGCAGAAGUGUGUGCGAGUUUGAGAUGAUUAAGAAAAUAAAUGAAGGAACUUAUGGCAUUGUCUAUAAAGCUAGGGAUAAGAAGACUGGAGAAGUAGUUGCAUUGAAGAAGGUGAAAAUGAACAUAGAGAGGGAUGGCUUUCCUUUGUCAUCCUUGAGGGAAAUAAACAUUCUUUUGUCUUUUAAUCAUCCCUCCAUUGUGAAUGUUAAAGAAGUAGUAGUUGAUGAUUUUGAUGGUACUUUUAUGGUAAUGGAGUACAUGGAGUCUGACCUUAAGGGGAUGAUGGAGGCCAAGAAGCAGCCCUUCAGCAUGGGUGAAAUUAAAUCCUUGAUUAGGCAACUUCUUGAAGGUGUCAAGUAUCUCCAUGAUAAUUGGGUUAUCCAUAGGGAUUUGAAGUCAUCUAACAUUCUGCUGAACCAUGACGGGGAGCUUAAAAUAUGCGACUUUGGAUUGUCAAGGCAAUAUGGAAGCCCUCUAAAGCCAUAUACUCCUGUUGUGGUUACUCUAUGGUACAGAGCACCUGAACUUUUGCUGGGUUCUAAAGAAUACUCAACAGCUAUUGACAUGUGGUCAGUGGGUUGCAUAAUGGCUGAAUUAAUUGCCAAGGAGCCUCUAUUCAGGGGUAAAAGUGAGCUGGAACAACUUGAUAAGAUUUUUCGAACCUUGGGUACCCCACAUGAGAAAAUUUGGCCAGGAUUAUCCAAAUUACCUGGGGCUAAAGCAAAAUUUGUUAAGCAACCGUAUAAUAUGCUAAGGAAGAAGUUUCCAGCCACAUCAUUCACUGGUUUGCCAGUUUUAUCUGAGCUGGGAUUUGACUUGUUGAAGAACCUUCUAACUUAUGACCCUGAAAAGAGGAUAACUGCUGAAGAUGCCCUCCUUCAUGAUUGGUUCCAUGAAGCCCCACUUCCCAAAUCUGACUUCAAGCCUAUUUUUCCUUCUUGGCAGUGCUAGGUCAGGUACACUUGCAGGAUGCAUGAAAUACCAAGAACAAUACUAUUUUUACUUUGUUUCCAACAUUGUCUUACCUUGUUAAUGAUCAUAUACAAAGAAUGAUAUGAUUGCAAGGAACAGGAUAAUGGACUUCAUUAGGCUCUUGUUUGUUAUAAAAUUAGAAGCGGCAGAUUGAUGUAUAGACCUGAGAAGGUAUGGAAUUACACCUGAUUUUUUUUUUCUUGACUGAAACUCAAAUGUAUCCUCUUUAGCUGGUCAAAACAAUGUACAUAUAUUUCAGGACAACUAGUAAUAAGUGAUGGAUUUUUGCUAUGGUACGUCUUUAUCCUGUGCCAUCAUCUAUUUCCAAUUUUGGCUACGGUUUGUUCUUAUUCUGAUUGCUGGCCCAUUUAACCGGGGGGCUUUCGAGUUCUGUUAUUUCUCCCACAUUUGAUUUUUACAACAGGAAAUGCUCCUAACAUCUUUGGGUGCAUUGGUUCGCCAAGCAGUUGGUAGAUGUUGUAGAAAAAUAAAUCAAGUGAAAGGGAUUUUCAAUUUCAACAUGGGCCAGGUACCGUUGUAAAGUUUCUCAAUUUGUAAGUUAGUUCCCGAAAUAAAAUGUUGUGUUCAAGUGUUUUUUGGGGCGGGAGUAGCUUCCAUGUUCUUUCUCAUUUUGCGGCAAUGCUUCAUUCUCCUUAACCAAAAUAUAGUUCUUAAGUUAACGAAGAUGCGAGAGUAUUGAUUUGUUGUCUCAUUUAAUUGGACCGGUGUUAUCAAUUGCAGAUUGCGGAAAAUGGCGGAAAGCCAGUUAUCUGCUAUAUCACAUAGUUGAUAGCGUCUCUCAAAACAGCGGAAGUUGCAUAACAGUUAAGAUAUACAAUAUAUAUAUAUAUAUAUAUAUAUAUAUAUAUCAAUUUAAAAUAUAAGUUGUAAGCAAAUAAAAAUUGACAUGCCACUAUAGUUGCACAACCUUGAAUGUAGUGGCUAUUUAACAAUACUGAUUGGGGCCUAUUGAGUUCUGUUUUCUUUUCUCCUACAUUUGAUUCUUACGCCAGGAAAUGCUCCGAAAAACUUUGGGUGCAUUGAUUCGCGAAGCAAUUGGUAGCUGUUGUAGAAAAAUUAAUCAAGUCAAAGUUAUUUUUAUUUUCAACAUGGUCAACAGGUAACGAAGUUAAGUUUCUCUCUAUUCGAAAGUUAGUCGCUGAAUUAAAAUGAUAGUGUGCAUGAUUUUGGGGAUGGGGCCAGCUUCCAUGUUCUUCCUCACUUUUUCCAAAAAUAUGGUUGUUAGAUUACAACGAUGUGAUAAUGAGUUUAGGUUGUGGACUUUUUUAUACUGGAAAAUGGCUGGUUAGAAGGAAGUGUUUGAGCUAUGGCGAAGCCAGGCAUAAAGCUUGUGGAGCUCCUGAGGCAGUGCUAGAAGGUGGUGAGAGAAAGAACUCCACUGCAAUUGCUGUAUUAAAAUACCCUUGUGUUGGUCAUUUGUUUUUUCGUAUUAAAAUUCCCGUGGUGAUUGUAAUUUAUAGUUCUCAAUUACAGAGUGGUCUUGUUAAGAAGAAAUACCGGUGACGGAUUUACAAUUUUAUUCGUCUGAAUAAGACGUGUGUUACGAUUUAUGCAUAGGAGAAUUGUUACC